AGUGAAGAAGCGAAUAAUGGAGCCGCAAGUCGAGCUUUUCACUUUUCGUGUUUUCUAGCUAGCUUCUUUUAUGCUGCGUAGUUCUUAACGACUUUGAAAUUUCCAAUGUGGAACAGUCGCAUGGACAUCAUGAUGGCGGUAACCGGAAUUAAUAUACGAAUCUUGCAAACGACGAUUUCGCUCUCGCACAUGACAGCGGAAAUGGUGGAUUAUGAACAAUAUGUUAAAAGGGCUUUACUCGUAGGAGGAAUUUGUCGCGUUUUUUUUUGUGCUAAGAAGUGUUGUCGUAAUUUUGUGAUCUCCAUUCCAGGAUAUAGCUCUCUAUAGAUAUUUGACCUUCAGCACUGAAAGUUCCUGCAAUCAAUUGUUCUUUCAUGUGCGGCCAAACUUGGUUGCUGUUUCUUUGCGGGUAAGCCACCAUACCACCGUAGCGCGAUGUUUUCAAGAGUCCACUGUCGUUGCUAACGGGUGCCAAAGGAAACAGGUUGCGCCGAAAAUAACUCGCGAGCCAAAAGCAUCGGAUUUUACAUUAAGGUGAAGAUAAACUACUUGUAUCGUUAUCUACUUACUUGGCUUUAAACGGUAUGAGAUUUAGUUUCUAGUACCCCUAAACUGCGUUAAGAAUUCUUGAGGAACUGACUGUAGUACAUCCUCCUGAAAUUGCUCGUCCGUCGGAGCGAUCACAUCUACUUGACAUACAGUUGGACCUCCAUUGUAUUCACGGUGAUCCUCAUUAUGUUAUUUUAGAAGCAUUUAGAUUUUUGAGAAAUUAUUUCACUUGCCAAGAAAUGUCACAACCUGACAAGAAAGAUUCAGUGACUAUCGUGCCAUUGCGGAAAAGGCUAGUGAAUUGGCUCUAGAGACAUACUUUUUUGUCCGAGAGAAUAUCAAGAUCUUGGUCUUCUUCGGUUUCGUCUAAUCCGAAACAUUCCCGGAGCCUCCAGCCUUUUUAGUGACCUUCAGGAUGAAAAUUCUGAGAGGGCUCUGCAAUCGUCCGGAAACUCCUUGGACAUCGAGGUUAUGACAUCAGUAUAGGAAUUAUUCACUAGUUUUGAAUUGGCAGUCUGUAGCCCGCUCACACUCAGGCUUAUCUCUCGAUGGAAAUAAUAGCUGCUAGAUAAGAAAAUCCGUGGCUUGUCGACGUUAUUUCUGACAAGCAGCUUCGUGGGCAUUUAGAGAACUACUCAGAUCGCUCGAGCUGCAAUUAUUCUGCUGUUCCCUUUAAUUCAAGCUCUGUCUGCUGCUGUCUUGCUGUAGCUAUUCUCUGCCUUUUCGUUCUUUCGUCCUUCACAUGAGUAGGUUAAGCAAAUCUUCGUCUUCAUGGAAACGGCCCAGACACUUCAGCCUCGCCCCUACUACGAUAUGCGUGAGUGUGGCGGACAUGUGAAACAACAUCGGUUGCAGAAAAUGGGCGUAACACGAAUUCACACAGCGGAGCUGGCAACGCGUUGCACUGGGGUGGAGUGUCGCAUCACCUGUUUCAUCGACAACAUGCC